GAAAGUAUGUUCUAUCAUGGUCGACCCGUGUGGGUGAAUAAUGUGUACAUCUUGUAAGCCAACCUUUAUCGUGAUUAAUGGAUUAUAGCUGUAGAGACAGUCAGUCUAUCGCGAAUGCUUGUUCGUAUGAGGUCCGAGAGCCAUGAUCAUCCGCUCGAGCCGGUAGGGUCGUGCGGGUACGCAGUACGGAGAUAAACAGUGCUCAGUGCUUGUAGCGCUGAUGAGCCGAAGCGUGAUGAACCAUUAAUUAGUUUAGCGAGAGUUGCGAGACUACCGCAAGCCACUAUCGUGGCGCGCAAGUGGUGACUUCUCGAGCUCAUUUUCGCCAUUCGCUGGUGAUGCUGUCGAGAGUGAGGUGCUGUGCAAAGCAGAGUUCAAGCCAAACUCUUGUCAAACUCUCGUACGCAAAAGCCAAAGGGUUGACGCGAACGGCUCAUGUGUUCAGAGUUCACUCCUCCAAAUCUGAAACGAUAGAGGAUUUCAAAGACGGAUCGAGACUUCGGUUCGCACAGUCCGACUGGCCACGAGGUGCAAGGUCCGCACUGAUGGAGUGCAACCAACAUGAGAGUACCUGCGUGAUGACCGUCACUCAGUCAGGGACACAAGUCCGGAGCAGGGCAUAUGCCAUACGGGGUUGUCAACAGACUCUCGUGGUUCGUGAGAAGCACACGCCCGAAAAUCCCAGUGGAUUGUACGGCAGGUGGGAAGAGCCACCGAUGCCGAGGUUGCCGGGAAGCCAAAUCGAGGAGCGCUUCUGGGAGCGUCCGCCUUGGCAAGGGUCCAUAUCCUCACCAAACGAUUCACCUUUCACUGUCCAUGCACCAGGUAUUCGGCGAUGGGUUCUUUCGUUUUGCUCGCUUUGGACAAGAUCGAGACAGAGACAAACAAAAGAAUUGAUAUCUAGGUCAUGACUCAUGCAUCAGGUAUCCAUAAGCGGUCACGGGUGACUACGGAUGACUGAGCCUACCACUCUACAAGUGUGGUACUUGCAGAGAUGCUAGUCCAAGGUUGACUAUACUAAACAGUCCUUCUCCC